CCCCGCCGCGAUGAAUACAAAGAUCCAGUGCAACGAGUCGUGACUCCUCGUGGAUGGACCGCCCCCGCGGAAGUAACGCCGCCAAACCUUACCAUUGAGUCAAAGUGGAGAAGCCGUCGACACAGAUUGCCAGGAUGGAGCUAUUGCAAACUGCUGCCAUGACCACUGCGGCGGAAAGACUCAAGCAAGACGCAGAUGACGCCAGCCCCACACACGUGGAAGCGCUGUUUGAGGUGACCCCUCCCCGCGCACCAUCGUCGCGGGUGGUCACGUUCACCACGGCAACAACGUACGUCUUCAACGUUGCGUAUGGCGGCAGUGCUCUUCCCAAGAAAUCCGGCCCGCCCAUUGGCAUGGCCGACAUUCACAUUGACGAAUUCCAUGAAGACUUGCGAGACGAACUAUACCAGCUGCAGACCUCUGACGUCGAACACAAACGGCGUCGACGGGUGCGCAAAUUCGAUCAUCUCGAGCGCAUCGACAUGCUCAAGCGAGCCAAGUACCAUGUCCAAGACAUUGCGACCUUUUGCAUGGACGCCAUCGACAUUCGCAAAUCACGACAGGAAUCGCUGCAUCAAUUCAGGAGAGAAGUCUAUCAAGCUGAUGUUGCUGACGACGAAGAUACUCCUCGCGACGACGAAGGCCAUAAGGCAGAUGAUACAGAAGACACGAUGAUGAAUGCAAUGCAUGAACUAAAGCGCCUGAGGCCUCCCAUGUUUGAGCCGCCCUGCCACAGUCUGCAACCGUAGAAGCAUCGAGAUGGUCCGUGUUUAACUUAAGAUGUGCUAUGUUCAUUCGAA